AUAGAUGGCGUAGAAUUUGAAAAUAUAAUUUGAGGUUACGUUUAUUAUUAUUUAUAUUCUCUUGAAACGACAAUAAACGAUAACUCAAAUUUUUAUUCAUUUGAAAAAUAUUUCAAAUUCUGGUUUCUUCCCUGUUAUUAAUUCAAUAUGAGUCGCAAAGAAGCUUUAACGCAGUUCAUUCAGCAGAUACAUGGGAGACCAGUAGUAGUCAAACUAAAUAGCGGUAUUGAUUACAGAGGAGUUCUAGCAUGCUUGGAUGGUUAUAUGAAUAUUGCACUAGAGCAAACUGAAGAAUACGUCAAUGGACAACUAAAAAACAAAUAUGAAGAUGCAUUUAUCAGGGGCAACAAUGUUCUUUAUAUCAGUACUCAGAAAAGAAGAGGCGUGUAAUAUUAACUAUAAGCUACUAUGUAAGCAAUAAAUUAUUGAAUCAAAUCAA